ACUGGAUUUUUUUUUUCUAGUUGGAAUGCCUUCCACCCCACCUCCUUCCCCCAGAUUUCCAGAAAAGAAGGGGUGAAGCAGAACAAAACCUAACAUCGGGCCACCUGACUCUGAGCCCCCACCCCCACUCUGCCUACCAGCGUGCUUGUAGGCCCUCUCAGCUUUCUAGAGAGAGCAGGAGCCACUGUCUAGUUUGAAAGACUUCCUUGGAGCUCAUAGUGCUAAAAACAAACAAACAAACAAGCAAACAAACAAAAAUAAUAAUCCAGGCACCACCAGCAUCUCAUGCGCCCCUGGCAUUGGAGUUCUUACCUGGAGCUGAAUGGCACUUGGGACAGUUUCCUUGAGAACUCUCAGCGUGGACAGCUCCUGCAUCCUGGGUGCUUCCUCUGCAGUGUGCGGCGGGAGAGCCAUAGCACCCAGUGCAGCACGCGACUAUCCCGCGCGCUCCCUCCUCCCAGUCCGCCCCCUCCCUUAGCUCACUCUACCGGCCACUUUGAGGGAUUUCCUCCCGGGGCGGCCUUUGCAGCAGAAACACAUCUGCCUGGUUCGCGGCAACAGCAUGGAUCUCCGAGUAAGAACCCUUCUUGGUGGAGACAGACUUCGGAUUCUCCUAAUGUUCUUCCAUGUAAUGGUCCAAACCGUGGCAGAACAAGAAGUGGAAAAUCUUUCGGGCCUUUCCACGAACCCCGAGAAAGACAUAUUUGUGGUGCGGGAAAAUGGGACGACGUGUCUCAUGGCAGAGUUUGCAGCCAAAUUUAUUGUACCUUAUGAUGUGUGGGCCAGCAAUUAUGUGGAUGCUGUUCCCGAAUGCUGCAUGGGGGUUCCGGCUUGCAACGCCUUCUGCUCGCCCUGCCUGCUUUAAAAGUAAACCCCCCUCUCUGCUCCCCUCCUGGAGGGGUGUGCACGUAAGAGUCUACCCGCAUGUUCCUGGACCCCGGAGCGCGCGGGCACAGGAGCGCCCAAACCUGCAAGCUAGAGUUUGGACGCGCAUCCCUUCCCGGUCCGCGCCAGGGCCCGGCGCGCUGAGGGGGCGCGGGGCGUGUGUGUUCCCAGCUGAUCACAGAACAGGCUGAGAUCUCCUUGACCCGGGGAGCUGAGGUGAAGGGCCACUGUGGCCACAACGAGUCGGAGCUGGAGGUGUUCUGGGUAGAUCACGCCUACACACUCAGAAUGCUCUUUGUAAAGGAAAGUCACAACACUUCCAAAGGACCAGAGGCGACUUGGAAUCUGAACAAGGUGCAUUUUGUCUAUGAUUCCUCGGAGAAGACUCACUUUAAAGCCCCUGUGAAGGUUAAUAAGUACAUCGCCAGCUCUCAUCACCUCUCUGCCUUGGUCACCCCAGCUGGGAUGUCCUAUGAGUGUCAGGCUCAGCAGACCAUUUCUCUGGCCUCCAGUGACCCUCAGAAGACUGUCACCAUGAUCCUGUCCGCAGUGCACAUCCAGCCCUUUGAUAUCAUCUCUGACUUUGUCUUCAGUGAAGAACAUAAAUGUCCAGUGGAUGAGCAAGAGCAGUUGGAAGAGACCCUGCCCCUGAUCCUGGGCCUCAUCUUGGGCCUUGUCAUUGUCAUAACACUUGUGAUCUACCACAUCCACCAUAAAAUGACUGCCAAUCAAGUGCAGAUCCCCAGGGACCGUUCCCAGUACAAGCACAUGGGCUAGGGACCAUCAGGCAGACAUCCUCCUCAUCCUGCCCCCAAACCAGAUGAUGUAGAACGACAAUGGCACUUUUUCACCUGUAUACAGGAUCCACCAACAUAGCUACACUCCAACAGGCCCAGGCACCUGAGGUGUGCCUGGCCUGUGUCCAUGCUUAAACCCAGGGAUGGAAGGCAUGUCUUGGGGUUCGGGGGGAUUAAUGGUGGAUGUUGUGUCCAUACUGCGGAGUAAGUAGGGGCUGGUGAGUAGGGUAAUAGCUUUCUUAUUCCUGAUGGUUUAAUUUUGAUUCUCUGACUUUGUAAGUCUACAGCACGUAGAAAGAAAGAAAGAUGUGGCCCUUGCAUUUAGAAAGUGGAAACGCUUCCUUUGGGAGACCUCUCUAGGCCAGAAGAACCCAGGUGCUUCACUCCCUCGGCCUCAGCUGGCAUACUUACACGGUUUUUCAGUGUACACAAAACACAACCUCACGCUCCCUGCAAGCAGCAAGACCCCUGAAAGUGACCCAUGCUUCCGGCUGGCAUUCUGCAUGUCUAGUGAUUGUUUUGGGAAUGUCUCACUGCUACCUGCACCCAGUGACUCUGCAGCACAAGAACCCGUCUAAUGACACUACGCACGGUUGUUUGGAAUUCAUAAUGUGUCGGUUCCAAGUGAGGGGACCUCCAGAAUCAAUCCAUGUGAGUUCGCUUUUGAAAAUGAAUUAAAAAGAAAAAAAAAAGCACUAUA